AUGGCAUCGCAAGAUUCGGCGGGCGACCCUGUGAGCGCUAUGCGUCAGCGCUUCGGUGGAUAUCUGCCGAUCGAGAACUACGGCAUCAUCGGCAACAUGCGGACCUGUGCUCUGGUCGGCAUGGACGGCAGCAUUGACUUUAUGUGUUGGCCGGAUUUCGACUCGCCGUCCGUCUUCUGUCGCCUGUUAGACAAGGAUAAGGGCGGGCAUUUCAGCAUCUCGGCGUCGCCGGAGAUGGCCUGCACCACCAAGCAGCAGUAUCUGCCUUCGUCCAACAUCCUGCUGACGCGAUACAUCCACGAGGACGGUGUGGUGGACAUGGUGGACUUUUUCCCGCGGCCCAAGGCGGCCGCCGUGGUGACCCGCGGCGUCAAGCAGGGGCCGUUCCGCGAGGCCCAGCGGGUGCAGGAGGAGCUGAAGAAGUGGCUCGUCCGCCGGGUCGAGUGCAUCCGGGGGCGCUUUGAGCUGGACGUCGAGAUCUUCCCGGCCUUUGGCUAUGCUAAGGAGCCGCACACUACGACCAUCGAGCAGGACGUACACCACGUGAACAGCCCGGCGAGCAAGACGGUCACCUUCCGCAGCCGAGACCUGCAGCUGCAGCUGGACAUUGCCGUGGACCGCGACGUCGACGGGGCGAGCGGGACCGCGGAUGUAGGUCCCGACGGCCUGCGCGGCCGCACGAGCAGCGUGGGCAGCGGCGGCGGUGGCCCGACCGUCGUUUUCCGCAAGCAGCAGCGGACAGGCAUGACGGGCGAGGGCGUGGUCGCACGCAUCGUCCUGCACGAGGGCGAGAGCGUGUCGUUUGUGCUGCGGGACGAUUCGCCCAGUCACGUGACCAGUCACAUCACGACGCAGGUCCUCGACAGCCAGCAGCACGACACGCAGCUGUUCUGGUACAACUGGAUCGCCAAGAGCCGCUACAAGGGCCGUUGGCGCGAGGUCGUCUCGCGCAGCCUGCUCGUGCUCAAACUGCUCACGUACGAGCCCACCGGCGCGAUCGUGGCCGCGCCGACCUUUUCCAUCCCCGAGGACGUCGGCGGCCGUCGCAACUGGGACUACCGUUACUCCUGGGUUCGCGACAGCAGCUUCACCGUCUACAUCCUUCUCCGCCUCGGCUUCAGCGAGGAGGCCGAGGCCUUUGUCGCCUUCAUCAGCGAGCGCAUCCUCAAGUCCCGCAGUCCCGACGGCGGCCUCCCGAUCAUGUUCACUAUCCGCGGCGAGACCGACAUCCCCGAGAUCGAGCUAAGUCACCUCGCCGGCUACAAGGGCAGCCAGCCUGUUCGGAUUGGAAACGGCGCCGCCUUCCAUCAGCAGUUCGACAUCUACGGCGAGCUGCUCGACGCCAUCUACCUCGCCAACAAAUACGGGAAGCCGGCCACUUGGGACCAGUGGGUGUCUGUCCGCCAGCUGCUCGAUUAUGCCCUCACCAUUAUGCACGAUCCUGACAUGUCUAUCUGGGAGGUCCGCAACCACAAGCAGCACUUUACCUACUCGCAGAUCAUGCUGUGGGUGGCUUUUGAUCGCGGCCUGCGGCUCGCCGAAAAACGCAACCUGCCGUGCCCCAACCGUGCCAAGUGGCUCGAGGCCCGGGACUACAUCUACGAGGCCAUCAUGGAGAAGGGCUACAAUACCGAGAUGAAGUCGUUUAUCCAGAGCUUCGAGAACAACACCGCCCUAGACUCGUCCAUCCUCAUCGCCCCUCUGGUCUUCUUUAUUUCGCCCUGCGACCCGCGCUUUCUGUCCACGCUCGACCGCAUCCUGUUGCCCCCUGAGAAGGGCGGCCUCACGAGCACUGGCCUUGUGUACCGCUACGACACGGAGCUGUCUGCCGACGGCGUCGGUGGCCGCGAGGGCGCCUUCAGCAUGUGCACUUUCUGGCUGGUCGAGGCCAUGUGCCGCGCCAGCGUCUACGAGCCGCGCUACCUGGCGCGAGCUGUCAAUCUGUUUGAAAACAUGCUGAGCUUCGGCAACCAUCUCUCCAUGUUCUCUGAGGAGAUCUCGCGCAGCGGCGAGCAGCUCGGCAACACGCCUCAGGCCUUUAGCCACUUGGCCCUGAUUAGUGCUGCCUUCAAUCUCGACCGUGUCAUCGAGUCUAAGAAAAGCGACGAUAAGUUGUGA